GCCCCGCGCUCGGCGCCCCGGCAUCUCCGCCGUGACCGGUGCACCUCGCCAGGUAGAGAGAUGCCUGGGCAUUGGAAGCUCCCUGCAGCAUGCUGAGGAGACGUAACCUUCUUACCACGCUCCUGAUUGCCUUGCCAUGGGCUCUUCUCCUAACCUUGUGGCACCAGUACCCAACUACCCGCUACCUCAGCCUGCUGAGAAAAGAGACAGAUGAGAAUGAGACCUCUAAAGCUCUCCUCAAUGGUACAUCUGCACUGAGAGAAGAAGGCCUCCCAUCAUGCAUUCAGCAGCAGCAAAGCACAGGGGCAACACCUAAAGUCAUCCAGAAUUAUGUGUACUCCAGGCCUCCCCCGUGGUCAGACACCCUGCCAACCAUCUUUGUUAUCACCCCUACCUACACCCGGCCAGUGCAAAAAGCAGAGCUGACCCGCCUGGCCAACACCUUCCUACACGUACAGAACCUGCACUGGGUGGUGGUGGAGGACUCGCCCCGGAGGACCAACCUGGUGUCCAACCUGCUGGAGAAGGCAGGGCUCAACUUCACCCACCUCAACGUGGAGACACCCAAGAGUCUGAAGCUGGGUCUGUCCUGGAUCCCAUCCCACACUCCACGGGGGACACUACAGAGGAAUCUAGGGCUGCACUGGCUGAGAGACAGCUUCAGCAACACCUCACCACCAGAAGGAGUAGUGUAUUUUGCUGAUGAUGAUAACACCUACAGCUUGGAACUCUUUGAAGAGAUGCGGUACACAAGGAGGGUGUCAGUCUGGCCAGUGGCUUUUGUUGGGGGGCUACGAUAUGAGUCUCCAAAAGUGAGUCCAGCAGGGAAGGUGGUGGGCUGGAAAACCGUCUUUGACCCAAACCGACCCUUUGCUAUUGAUAUGGCUGGAUUUGCUAUCAGCAUCAAGCUUAUUCUAGAGAAGCCUCAUGCCAGUUUCAAGCUGGAGGGGGUUAAAGGAGGCUACCAGGAAACCAGUCUGCUGAAGGAUCUUGUGACAAUGGAUGGGCUGGAGCCCAAAGCAGCCAACUGCACAAAGGUGUUGGUCUGGCACACAAGAACUGAGAGGCCCACUCUGGUUAACGAAGGCAAGCGUGGAUUUACUGACCCCAGAGUAGAGGUGUAAGCAGAGAGACAGCUCCAGGGUAGGCAGCGGGCAAUGAUCAUUCCUUUAGUUUGUCAGCAACAACAGCAGCUGGCCCUCAACUCUACCCCAGACAUAGCCACGCUGAUCAGCUCCCACUGCCUGAAAAGAAGUGACAAGCAGGGACAGAGCUGAUGUGGUGCCCUGGGAUCCUACAGCUCUUCACCUUGGACAUUGUGUACUGGCUCCUGUUCCCCACCUGGGAGAAGAGCGCUUCCCUUCCCCUGUGGGCUCUGUGUUUUUAACCAUUCAUUAAAAUUUAUUAGAUGCGCUCUCCAUCCUCAGCUGUGCCAGCAUAGAGGCUGAAAUCCAGGAUCGGUGUGGGUGCUUCUUAAGAUUCCUCCUGGCAUAUUAUCAAACCUGAGCUUCAGUACAGCAGCUGCGAUCCGCCGUGGUUCAAGGACAGGAGUGGUUGCAAGAGCACAAAGGCAGACCUGUCAGCCUGAGGCUGGUAUGCUCUCAAAGCAGCUUUGAAACAAAGCUAGCCUGAGAGAGGCUCUCCCUCUGAAGGAAGCGCUCAGAUAUCUACAUAGAUGAGCCUUUGGUGCUGGCGAGAAAGCUGUGCUGAAGUACCUCAUCUAGGGUUUGGGAGUUCAAGAGGGAUCUGGUGCCUAUGCCUCAGCUGAGAACUUGAGUUGCCCUCACUUAAAGUUGUUUUGGAAAAUGCCAUCCCAGAUUCCCAGGCCCAGAGCCCUCUGGAUAAAGUUCUUUUCCCGCUCAGGGAGACCCGGCAGGUACUGUACCUCAAAGGCCAUGCUUCCAUGUCUCACUGCAGAGACCAGAAAGCAGGGGCAAAGAUGGGUGGACUUAAAAGUGGUGUUUCUAGCCUGGAAUCCUGCUGCAGCACCAU